AUGGACGAGCAGCUCCGGCUCCUGCAGUCGCCUCCCCGGGCUCGGCCGUCGCCCGGGCCGUCGGUGUCCUCCGGCCGCCCCGUCCCCCCGGAGCCGGCCCAGCCCCCCGCGGCCGGGAUGACGGCGCCGGGAGGAGAAGGCCCGGCCGUCCGGGCGGGUCGGGCCGGGGCGUCGGAGCCGGGAGGAGAAGGAGCGGCCGUCGGGGCGGGUCAGGCCGGGGCCUCGGGCUGCCGCGGCGAGCGAGUGGUCAUCAACAUCUCCGGCCUCCGCUUCGAGACGCAGCUGCAGACCCUGGGUCACUUCCCGGACACGCUGCUGGGCGACCCGGCGCGGCGCGUCGGCCAUUUCGACCCCCUGCGCAACGAGUACUUCUUCGACCGCCACCGGCCCAGCUUCGACGCCAUCCUGCACUACUACCAGUCGGGCGGGCGGCUGCGGCGGCCGGUCAACGUGCCCAUCGACAUCUUCUCCGAGGAGAUCCGCUUCUACCAGCUGGGCGAGGAGGCCCUGGAGAAGUUCCGCGAGGACGAGGGCUUCCUGAGGGAGGAGGAGCGACCCCUGCCCCGGCGGGACUUCCAGCGCCACGUGUGGCUGCUGUUCGAGUACCCGGAGAGCUCGGGCCCGGCCCGAGGCAUCGCCAUCGUCUCCGUGCUGGUCAUCCUCGUGUCCAUCGUCAUCUUCUGCCUGGAGACGCUGCCCGAGUUCCGCGACGAGAAGGACUAUCCCCAGGCGCCCCCGGCCCCGCCGCCCCCGCCGCCCCCGCCGCCCCCCGACCCCACCCCGGGCCCCGCGGGCAACGGCUCGGCCGGGCCGGGGGGGGCCGCCGCCGCCGCCGCCGCCGCGGGCUUCUCCGACCCCUUCUUCGUGGUGGAGACCCUGUGCAUCGUCUGGUUCUCCUUCGAGCUCCUGGUGCGCUUCUUCGCCUGCCCCAGCAAGGCCACCUUCUCGCGCAACAUCAUGAACCUCAUCGACGUCGUGGCCAUCGUCCCCUACUUCAUCACCCUGGGCACCGAGCUGGCCGAGAGGCAGGGCAACGGCCAGCAGGCCAUGUCGCUGGCCAUCCUGCGGGUCAUCCGCCUGGUGCGGGUCUUCCGCAUCUUCAAGCUGUCGCGCCACUCCAAGGGGCUGCAGAUCCUGGGCCAGACCCUCAAGGCCUCCAUGCGCGAGCUGGGCCUGCUCAUCUUCUUCCUCUUCAUCGGGGUCAUCCUCUUCUCCAGCGCCGUCUACUUCGCCGAGGCCGACGACCCCAGCUCGGGCUUCUCCAGCAUCCCCGACGCCUUCUGGUGGGCCGUGGUCACCAUGACCACGGUGGGCUACGGGGACAUGCACCCGGUGACCAUCGGGGGCAAGAUCGUGGGCUCGCUGUGCGCCAUCGCCGGCGUGCUGACCAUCGCCCUGCCCGUGCCGGUCAUCGUGUCCAACUUCAACUACUUCUACCACCGGGAGACCGAAGGCGAAGAGCAGGCCCAGUACCUGCACGUCGGGGGGUGCCAGCCCCUCUCCGCCUCGGCCGGGGAGCUGGGGAAGGGGCGCGGCGAGUCCCCGCUCGGCAAGGCGGAGUACGCCGUGGUCGACGAGGGGGUGGGCGACCCCGGCCCCUUCCCCCGGGCCCCCUUCAAAGCGGGCAACCCCGUCGCCCCCGCCCCCACGGACGGUCGCCCCGGCAUCAAAAAGCUCUUCACCGACGUUUAGCGCCCGGCCCGGCAGCGCUCCGUCCGACGUGCCCCAUCGGUCCGCAUGUUGCUCCGUUUCGAAACAUUUCCAGACCAUUCAUCCAAGAGGACGAGGCUACGAAGGAGGGGGAGGAUGAUCCGCUUCCCGCGCCCCCUACCCCACCCCGCUUCGGAGAGGAACAGGGGUCCGUUGCGCCGAGGGGCUGCGUCUUCUCAGCCCGCCUUUGGGUCUUCUUCUGUCCUAUCUUUUUAUUAUCAUCAGUAUUAUUAUUAUUAUUAUUAGUAGUAGUAGUAGUAGUAGUAGCGGUAUCGGGAGAGGGGGCCACAAGCGCCGUUCGUUCGUUUUGGGUUGGGUUAUUGUCUUCUCGGCUUGGUCUGCUAGGACACCUGCUGGAUCGCAAACGGGGGAAUCGUGCGGCCCGGGGGGGCGGGGGUUGGAGAGAAAAAUCGAAAUCGCACAGGGCGACCCGUCGGCUCCAUAACGAGAAGGAAGAUGAUCCUUCCCGGGCAGGGACACGGAAGCUCAGACGAGGCUGCGUUUCGAAGAGGGAGGGCGCGCCGCGGAGACAGGCCUCCCCUCCUGGGCGUUUCUUAGAGGAAAUCCGUGAUGUGGAAACCCGGCCUUGACGAGUCAGACUCGAUCGGGGUAAAGUCUCUAUCGAAUCUCCCUCCCCGGAAUUGUUCACGGCCUCGGAGAUUCCCGGCGGAGGAAGACGGCCUCCCUCGAUUCAAAGCCUAAUCGUUUGACUGCCUGUUAGUUUAACUCCCUGGGCUGCUUACGCGUUCUAAGGGGGUUAGACUGACGUUAAAUCACUGUGAAGAAGUUCCGAGCCGGUCCCGUUGGAAAGUCUGGAAUCAAAUACGUUUUCGGGGCUCUGCCGGGAUGCGUGUGUGUGGUGGUGGUGGUGGUGGUGGUGGUGGUGAUGGUGGUGGAAAACAGAGAUUUUUGAUUUUUGAUUUUUUUUUUCCGGUGCAUCUGAGAUAAAGCGUCCUCUCCAUCACAAGGAGAUGAAAGCGGCAGACACCCCUUCCAGCGGAAGUUACUAAUUCGGACUCGAGUGAUGCAGUUCCCAUAGCAACCCUGGUUUCCUGGGAAACCCGAAAAGGUUGUCAUGGCAUCUCUCCUCUGCCCCUUCCCCCUCUCCCCCCCCCCCCCCCACGUCCCUUUGCCGUUUCCACAGUAACCUUUCCAGAUGGUUCCCACUUGACGCGAUUCCGCAGGAAAACUGCCACUUUGGCACCAAGAAAGUUAAAUCCUCGAGAAUUAGAGGUGUCGAAAUUUACAAUCUCGAACGCAUCUUUUGGGGCGUGAAAUAACGUCCUGAAAGUCAUCGUGCUAUCCAUCCACGGGAUCCAGGAAGAGACGGUCGUCCCCGGAAUAGUAAGACACCCGAGCCACGGGAGUAAAACGCCGGACAAUAGGCAGUUCCUCAAGGACAGCGCCUCUCUCCCCCUUUCCCUCUCUGAGACUCUAGCAGAAUUGAUGCCCCUGGAAAGCAGCCCUAGAGAGUUGUAUUCCUUCACUUACGCCAAUCCGAAAGAUUCAGGUAGGGCACCUUCGAAACCUGUGCUUAAUGACCUCCGGGUGACCUCUUCCCCAAAGAAUUCACCCAGACCCAGCAGCCUAACCUCUGAAGAACUAGGUCUGAAGCUUAUUUCCAAGAUAGAGAAUUAUGCCAGUUCAUCACGGGGGUGGGGAGAAAAGCAGAAUCACCGACAAUCCAUAAACAGGAGGGAUGAUGGCGAGGGACCCGAUCUCGGGAGAAGUACCCGCCUCGUUUCAACCCUGCGCCAGGGGCUGCCAGACAGCAGACAGAAUCAGGAAGUCUUCGCCAUAAUUAUGAAAUCAUCUCAUCAGACAAGGAACUGAGAUGAUGGCUGCCUUAGAAACACCUAGAAAGCAGUUCCAAGUCCCUCCUACCACUCAGCUACAAGUGGAAGUGGCUCCCUCUCCCGUGAAAGAAAUGCCAAGAACCGGGCACACCUGAACCCCAGCCUGAAGACUCUGGAAAAGCUAACGUGAGGCGGAGGUACCCACCAGUAGGUAUCUGGCAGGGCAACUCUUCACGUGGCAGGAGUCGGCGACGAGCCACACCGAGUCAGCGCCCCGCUGCUGUGGAGGGCGGCCAACAGAACUUGGGGACAUCGGAUAACAGAAGUCGUCUCAAGUUAAAGAGCUACAGAACUGUACUGAGACCAGUAAAAAAUUUAUAAAAGAACCACAAAGAUCAAGAAUGCAGUGAUAAUACUGUGUACCUCUUUAAUGGAUAGAUGAUUUGCCUGCUUGCAUAUAUUUUUGUUUCUGUUAGCACAAAACAAUUCCGUAAGUAAUGUGUUUCCUAACAAGUGCAUUGUAUGGAGGGAACAAGCCAAGACCUUUGGAGGACUGUCUUCAAAUCAUGUGCAAUAUAAAACAGACUGAUCAAAGAGAGGAAGGAAAUGCAAAAUGUUAUUUUGGAUAUCAUUUCGGCCUUUUGAAAUCUUUGUGAAUCAUGAUCAGAAACAAAAAAGGCAGUGCUGCUAAUGAAGAAAGUCUGAUAAAUUGUUUGGUUUUUGAAAAAGGCAACUUUUUUCUUUCAAAAGAAAUUUAUGUGGCAUACAUUCAAUAAUGUGUCCAGUAAGUUGAUGUUAUGUUGUGAGAUUUCAUUUAUGAAAGCAUGAACUUUACCAAAGGCUCUUGUAUUUAUGUUAGCCCUAUUAUGCAUAGAGAAGCAGCAGUCUUCACUGUGCCCAGGGGAAGGUUAUUAAAGCGAACUUACUUAAAAAAGAUGUGCCUUGCUUAAUUAAGCAAACUACAUACAUCCCGUUUAAAAGAAAAUCAAAACGAUAGAUUUGCAAAUUACUGUGAUUCCAAUUUAAGUGUUAACUAUGCUGAACUUCACAACAGUACAGCUAGUACUUUCUUCGCUUUGCUAUUAAAGUGGUCGAUCUUGACCACUACAGGAUAAUUAAACUAAAAAUAAUUACUGUUUCUAUAGUCAUUCCACUGUGAUUGUUACAUGGUAUGUUGAUUUGAUACUUUUGAGAUGCUGACUCUAACCCUCUUAAGUGCAGAAUUUUACUCAACAUUUGAGAGCAGUUUCUUAAAAGGCGAAUAUGUGAUAGAUUUGAACUUUUUGCCUUCUGUGACAUUUGCAUUUUUUAUACUUUCUAUAUUUCCAUUUUUCUUAUAGAUUAAAGCGUUGUUGCAAAAAGAAGGCACAGGAGAGUUUUCUUUGGAAAAGGAAUGCAAAGUUGGGGGUAAAGUGUUUUUCUUUUUGUGGCAGUUCACUUCUGGGCCAUUAUACUGUAUUUACUGUGACAGUACGGCAAAAUGGUAGCUAUUUGUACUUCAGUAGGCCUUAUGCAAAUUCUAACUGUGAAAAUGUGGUGUAAAACAGAUUAUCUCCUUUAUGCCCACUAAUUCUUUUGAAAUAUGUCUGUUCCCCUGUAUGAAUCCACUCCCAAUUUUGUCAUUUGAAGACAUAACCCAACUGCUAAACUUGUCCAAAGCACCUACUGGGGAUCCUUUUUGGCUAGAGAACUGAGGUGGUGCCUUUAACCAUUCUUUAUUUCCUGGAGAGAGAUGUGUAUACCUCAAAUUUAGUUGUUAAAACUAACGUUCUUUUUAAAUGGCAAAACACCAGUUCUUUGUCCCAAGAUUGGGAUGAUUUCCCAUGUAACUAUUUGAGUCAAGUUCCAUUAAUAUGGGGCAAGACCUUUAAGAGGAGCCCACGUUAUGGUCCCCAAAGGCUUCUCUCAAGAUUAACGGAGAUAAAGGAAAAUGAUCCUACCUGAUGAGACUCAUCACUAGUCUAGAAAAUCCCACUAACCAUCUCUGUGAGGCUUGGUCUCAGUUCUCAAACUGCCUUCCGAGGUGCCAAGCUUGUGUACAAUCAGAGAUGGAGCUGAAAAUAAUAAUCCUGAUGAUUUACCCAUUGACCCUGCUGGAGCUGGCUCUGUUUGCCCAAACUUUCGCCUCUCUCUGGAGGUACAAAGUUUUAAAAAGUGAAAUGAACGGCAGAUUGUUGAGAGAUGGUAAACGGGGGGAAAGCAGAAGGUGUCUGGUGAUAAAUUCUAGGAUGGCAGGGUAAUAGAAGCUGAAGGGAAAUGUUUGGAAGAUAAUUUUGUAGAAGUUGUGAGGAAUGAAACCGACAUCUAUUUCUCUGAGUUGUCAAUAUGGCGCAUUAAGGGCAUAUAGAAGGGAAGCAAUGCGGUCUGUGUAGAAAAGGGAUUAAAUUAAGACUUCCUGCUCAGUGAUUCAAAAUAGGAUUUAAAUCGUGACUUAAAUUGGUUUGGUUUCAAUCAAAUCCACCCUGAUUUAGGGAAGAGAAUUGAAGAAGACCAGGACAGGAGUUCAUUUCCCACAGAGGGAAAACCGGUAGCCCCUGGAAUCCUUGGCAGCAUAAUUUUAAUGAGACCAAUAGUGUUUCAAGAAGGUAAAGACCUACAGAAUAAAGUCUUCAAGAGGACUGUUUACGGUAGUCAGUGUAUUUAGCGUAUCCUCUGAUCAUUAAAUUCUGAAAUAAAUGUAUCUGAAUUUCCUAGUAUGUAAAGCAAAGCAGAGUUUUGAGGCAUUUUGGAAGUUCAGUGCCUCCUCUUUGAGCCUUCUGAUCAAUUUGCGUAUCGGGCGACAAACUAUGACUGUCCUAUAAUAGUUAAACACGGCUGACGACAUGACGGUUGUUACUGUGUAAAAGAGCAGGUAAAACCAAUGAGUCUGGGGUACUGUGCCCCCGAGGGACAGAGGGAGAUCCAUUCAGUGGUAUCGAUCAAGUGCUUAUUGUGCGUAAAGCACUAUACUAAGCGCUUAGGAAGAUCUGAAAUGAAAGGGCAUUUAACAUGGGCAUUUGUGUUCAACCCUCUUAUUCCAUUUCAUCAAAUUGUAAAUGCAAUUAAACACUAUUAUCAAGUAUCCUGGUAUCCUAAGCAGUUGAAGAUUCUACUUGUGUACUUCAUAAAUUCACUAUUUGAAUGUUGAUUUAGGUUCACAUUCAAGAUAUGUGUUGAUGCUGUUGCCUGCUGCUUAAGGUUUUUGCAGAAUUUGAACUCUUGGGACUUGAAUGAAUUCAGCAAAGACUGGCAACUAAGGUGUGAAUCAUUCCACAUGUGCGAAAGAGUUUACCCAAAUAAUAGGGCCAGGGGAGACAAUUUUUUUUAUUUUGAGCAUAGAGGCCAAAGUGGGUUAAGGCAGAGGUGGGGAGAGGGGAUGGGGAAAUGGGGAUUAGGACGGGACCAGCUUUCAAGAGCCAGUUGGUCAGAGAGGCACUAUUUUGGGCCUCUUCAACCCUGACUGGAGACUCUCGGGGCUUGUUAGAGCCCUGGGAUGAGUCAGUCUAGGAAUUCCAGUUCAAUGGAAGCUCCUUGUGAGCAGGGAUUGUGUCUACCAACUCUCUUGUAUUCUCCCAGGCACUUAGUACAGUAUUUUACACAUAGUAAGCACUCAGUAAAUACAAUUGAUGGAGUGAAAGCUUUGAGGGCGAUCACCUCCAUCACCCUUGAGCAGAGGGUGACCAUGAAUAAGGUGCCUUUCUGCUAUACUGAUGAAUAGUGGGCUGCACUGGUUUGGGGAAUUAUAGGCCAACGGAACAGAAGAAAUGCUUUCAGCAGGUUUUAGGCAUGACAAAGGUGUGGAAUUCUGGGAAGACACAGGGGCAGACAGCCCACCGAACAGGCAGCAACUGGAAAUAGGGAAACUCUCCUGGAGCCAAAAAAUGUCAGGAAGAUGAUGAAUUGAAGAGGCAGAGUAGAAACCAUGUCAGACUUCGAAAAUAGUGGCUUCAGUCCCACUUCAAGGACAAUCUUUUUAUGCAUUAGCAUAUUAAUCUUUUCAGCCAUAUUUACACCCAUGAAGGACAACCACUGUCAGCUAGCCCCUCCAAAUCACAGACAAUUCACACCCACGCACCCCCAACUCACACACAGGUUAGAUUACUUAGAACCUGGCUUUGGGAGGAUUUAAAAAACUAUAGGAGGCUUGGCUUAGUUAAGGUGUGUAACACAUGGAUAAAGUAACUUCUUGGAAAAUCUAAAACCUUGAUGUUUGGUUUCAAAUUUAUUUCUGGGUCCAUUAAUAAACAAUGAUAUAGCCCAGGAAUGUCAAAUGAAAAGGAUGGAGGAGUAAGGCAUUCAGAGUGGCAGGCAUAACCUGGUUCCACAUAAACAAAAUGGAUAUUUCACUCUCAGUAAUAGAAUGCAUUUUAGGUGCUAGUCCGUUGGGUUAAAACAAAGUUGGGCUGGAAGGACGGUGGCUUUAUAACACCAGAACGAACUAAAAUGAGUGUCUUUCUGUUGCAUUAUGAAGUUGUUAUACCUGAAGUUGAGGUGACUUGAUUAUAUCCUCUCCAUCCAGAAAAGAGGCUGUUGUUCUGAAAAGCCUCUGUCAGAACUGGAAAUGUGUAUUUUGAAGCGACAAGUGAUACAUACGCAGAUGAUUUGGUCUGGUAAGGUUGUGAAUCAGGAGUUUUCAUUUUGAAUGUAAACUUGAGCCUUGUGUACCAUGGUCUUUCUAAGUAGUGAGCUGCUCCAUACAAAGGUUGCUAGAACUGGCCCAAUUUCAACCUAGUACGAUCAUUUUACCUAAUGGUGAUUUGUGAAGCCGAUCGUAAUAAAACCUAACUCACCACACGUUCUUUUUCCAGCUAAAUGUUUUCAUGAUGUAUCUCUAAUGCUGGGCUUGAGAAUGUUUUGUGAGUUUAUUUAAAGACAAUUGUCAGUGUGAUUUUCUAAAUGGAAAUGAACUCUUGUUCUUCUGACUUUUCAGACUAGUAUUUUACUGUGGGGCCAUAAAUAAAUUCAGAAUCAGCCACGUGCAUUUUCAGAGAAUAGAAUAUAUGCUUGAACUGUCAUACAAACAUUUUGUUUUUGUCCAAAAAAUGCCAUCCCUCACAUUUACAAGGGAAAGCAAACCAAUGGGAGUAUCCAGGAAGUAUUUUGUGUUUUUUCAAUGAAUUAUUCAACGGUAGGGAAACGUAUUCCAGAGACCAGCCCAUUUCCAGUUUAUGCUGAUGUGAUGGAAGGUCAUUAAAGUUUUAGAAUGUGACUGAUGUCUUGAAUUUACUAUAUUAUUGAACAGCAUGGUGACCCAGAAAUAUUGCUAUUUAUCAGGAAUUUCUGCACAUACCUAAGGAAUUUCUGAUCAAUGCAUAUUUUUCUUAUUGCUACCCCCUGGAGAAAGACCAGACAGAGAAAGUUGGUUCCAGACUAGUGUAGGGAGACAAGGAAAGAUACCAGGCUUUGGGAAACCAGGGGAGACAAGUUCUUUCUGGCCAUUCCCUGUCAUGGUUGCUCUUCCUCCUUGCUCUGUCCCCUUUCUCCCCUCCCUGCCCCCUCCCCCCUCCCCCAGGCCCCACCCACCCCAGAGAACUCUCACCACCUCUGGCAUCUGACUUUGCCCUUAGACUCAACACAAAUAUAUCAUCUCGAAACCAAUUCAUUUCCUGAGUUCUACAUUUCCUCUUUCUUUAAACCUGGUGAUAGAACUGAAUUUUCCUUUAAAGUACUCCAAAACAAAUGCAGCUGAUUUUGUUAAUUCAAAGAUAAAGCAGUUUUGCUGAGAAACAGUGAAACUACUUCUCAUAAAACAAGUCCCCUGCCUUUCUUCUGUCCUAGUGUUUUUAGUCUAUUGAUUCUGCUGCGUUCAUUACAGAAAAUAGCAUCUAUUUCUCUUGAAAGAUAUCUAACAGUAAAUGAACACUGGAGGAGACUAGCUAAUUUAAUUACCCACUUCUGGGAUUUAAAUGUUUGGAUGGAGUUUGAAAAUACUUUGAUACAGGUAGCCAAAAUCUUGCAAACGUGUUUUCCCAGAUUAUGAUGUGAUCAACCUUUUAAAAUUAUAAUUCAAAUUGUUAUUAGACUCUACAGACCGUACUUUUGUGCCUUAAAAGAUAGAUUUCUGUCCAUCUCAAAAAUGUUUGCCUCUGGCUAAAGUUAUUUCCUCUCAAUCUGCUUGUUGUUGUUAUCGUACCUGUUCUUGUGGUCACACGUCGCUCAGAAUAUGUCUCAGUAUCAUUCUGUUGCCCAAUUGUACAUUCCAAGCGCUUAAUACAGCACUAGUAAGUGCUCAAUAAAUACAAUUGAAUGAAUUAAAGAUUUGAUUGCUAAAGUUUUAGACUCAAAUGAUCAGAAGCGCCUCCACGAACACUUGUUUGCAUUCCCACAAGUUCAUGGUGAGAUUUCCCCUCUAAAAUUCACUUUGUCAAUUCAAAGUUGAGGGCCACUCAUUUGGAAAAUGAAAACAUAAGGUGGGUAUCAUAACAUUAGCCAGAAUACCUGUGUAUGUCGUUAAGGUUUUCCUGGAUAACUCAGUAUAUGUUAGGUCAUUGCUUUCCCAAUGUAAAUGAAGAGUACUGUUAUACGCUGCACUUAUAAUGGCUAGUAAUGUAAUGUUGCAGUUACUGUGAACAUUUAAAUGGAACCAUGAAUGUGUUUUAACUGAAGUUUCCAACUUGUCUUGAAAUGCUAUAUUUCAUCAAUUCUUCCUAGCAAACAGGAAAACCAAAUAAGUAUUAUUUUAAAUGGAAUGACUAAUCACCCUUGGGUACGGACCAUAACAAACAGUGGAAUCACAGAAUGGUGAUACCCAACAUCCACAGUCUAUAUUCCAUCACUGAAUUUCUCAUCACUGUUUCAGACCCUGGUAGAGUCAAAUCGUCACCCUCAAAAUGAUGCUAAAAUGAAUUCACAUACUGUUCCUCGAUGUAGACGCCAUAAUGAUCCAAACCUGUUAAGUACCAGAGUUUUGGUUGUGAUUUUUUUAAUCUAAUGUUCAGUUUAUUUUUUUAAUGUUUUGCAUUAGAAUUUGAACUGUUAAAUUAUUUCAUAUGCAAAGUUCAAUAAAAUCACUGAAAUACUCCCUA